CGUCCGCGGCGCGGUGGCGGGGGGAAAUCCCCGUGCCGAGCCACAAAGCCCACAGCUACUGUAUAUACCAAGGCAUGUAUUCCUAGACCUCCAGGGUGGUAUUGGUGUGAAAACUCAACAUCUCAGGCGCCCGACUGACUGCGUUUUUGUGUUUUUUACUCCCUUACCACAACUAACUGGCAAAGUUCAACUUGUCCGUCCGUCGGGUCUUUCUCAUUAAACGCCUACGUACUUUCUGCGUUGUUAUAGACGUUACCAAGACGCGCCCUCCCUUGACCUUGAGAUUUUAUAUUUUUUGGUACACAAGACCAGCAGUUGAAAUGGCGAAAAAAACAUACGAUCUACUGUUCAAACUACUUCUAAUCGGGGAUUCGGGCGUUGGAAAAACUUGUAUAUUGUUCAGAUUUUCUGAUGAUGCAUUUUCGACUACUUUUAUCUCUACAAUAGGAAUUGAUUUUAAGAUAAAGACAGUAGAACUCAGGGGUAAAAAAAUCAAACUACAGAUAUGGGAUACAGCAGGACAGGAGCGUUUCCACACAAUCACAACGUCAUACUACAGGGGGGCGAUGGGGAUUAUGCUAGUGUACGAUAUUACGAAUGAGAAGACCUUUGAGAAUAUCGUCAAGUGGUUGAGAAACAUCGAUGAGCACGCGAAUGAGGACGUCGAGAAGAUGAUUCUGGGGAACAAAAGUGAUAUGGAGGACAGGCGUGUUGUCAGUACAGAGAGGGGAGAGGCUAUAGCAAGAGAGCACGGCAUCAGAUUCAUGGAGACCUCAGCAAAGGCCAAUAUCAAUAUUGAUCGUGCAUUUAGUGAACUAGCUGAGGCUAUUCUGGACAAAACCCACGGAAAAGAGCCCCAGGAUGCACCAGACCGUGUGACAGUCGAUCGUAGAGUAGAAAGAAGUUCGAAUCGGUGCUGUUAACUUUCUCUCUCUCUCCCACACACACUCUCUCUAUCCUCUCGUAUUUUCAUUAUUUUCUCUUUUAUAUCCUUUAUUUAUUUUUGAUUGAAAAUAAGAAGAAGCGUCUAUAUAAACUCGUGCCAGUUUUACUAGAAUUUUUGUGAUGAAAGCUUAAUGCAUAUGUCAUCUUAUGUGGCUAGUUUAAACUUUAUUUUGCAUAAAUGUAAUUAACCAAAUGAAACAUAAAAAAGCAACUCACUAUUAUGAAAAACACUGCCCUAUUGAGCAAUUGAUUACCUGUCGUUGUGGCGAUAUGAGUUCAUUUUUAAAUUCAUAAAUUAAGGGAAAACAAUCAAAUGAUUGAGACUACGCGUCGAUUGUUGUAAUAAUGAGUGACAGGAAGUGCGAAAAAUUAACAUUUUAGGAGGCACAGAGGGUCAUCCCUCUGUAUUCAGCAGUGGAAGUGGUAAAUCGUAAUUUUCGAGAGUGGAAAAAGAUUGAGUCGUCAAUUUCAACGUUUUUCGUGAUCAUAUUUUGUUGAUUAUCUCGAUAACGAGUGGUUCUAGGAGAAAAAGACACUAGAUAUUUUCUAUAGCCUACGAAAUUUUCGAUGAAAAAUGUCUCCUGACAAUUUACCCUAAAACCUCUCGUUACGGAGAUAAUUCGCGAUUUUUCCAUAGUUACGUUUUGCUACUUCACAACUGCAUUCAUCAACGAUAACUAAUUCCCAGAAAUUGUACGAUCUAGUCCCUCCCGUCAGCCCUCCCUCAUCGUCAUGCCUCUGCAUAUGAUUUCCAUUGCACGAGUAUUUGAAAAGUGCAAUUGAGUCCCUCGAAGAUGCUCAUUCGCUGCACAAAAGAGGAAUGAUGAACAAUAGAGAACCAUUGAAUAUUAUUCACACUGAAUUGAAUUUACAUACUUAACGUAACGAGUGAUCGGCAUUUUUAUACAUUAUUUUCCACCAGUGAAACAGGACAAUUGCCUGUUUGAACAAGUCAACAGCGAAAUGGAGUGACGUGAAUUUUGUUGUGAAUCUUAUAACGCUGAAAUGUAAAAUGAAUUGACAACAAAUAUAAUCUUACACAAUUUUCCGUGAG